AUGUCUACAUAUCAUUUUUUAACCGUGCCACCUAAAAAGGCGUCUGAUGUUAAUUUAUCAACGCCAAUUAAAAAUUUUAUAAAAGCUACAUUUGGUGAUAAAGAAGAUUAUUCAGCGUCAGUCGAUGGUUUAAAUUCAUUACGUGCCGAUUCAUUAUUAAGAAUGAAUUAUAAAGAUGAAUCUGCAAAAUUACUUCGGUACUGUGAUCAAAUAACAGCGAUUGAACAUAAACUGCCCAUAACAGAAAACCAAAUACGUAUUUAUUUCAAAUGGCAAGAUGCACUUAUGAGUGGCGGUGGAUUAUUUGGUGGAAAACAAAAAACAUCUGGCAGUUGGAAACUAGCAUUUGAAAAAGCCUGUGUUCUGUUUAAUAUUGGCCAUGCUUACAGUGAAAUGGCAUCAGCACAAACUUUAUCGAUGGAUGAAGGAAUGAAAACAGCUCUGAAAUAUUUCCAGUCGGCAGCUGGAAUCUAUUCCUAUUUAAAAGAUUAUGUUAAUACAAAUUCUCUAUCAGAUAGUUCCAUUGAUUUUGAACCAGCUGUCUUGGCUAGUCUCUCUUGGCUAAUGUUAGCCCAAGCAGCGGAAUUAAUCUAUCUGAAAGCAUCCAGUUCUCAAAGGGAUGAAACCACUGCCAAAGUCGCUAUGCAUGCUGCUGAUUGUUACAAAGAAGCAUAUACAUCAGCUAAAACUGAAAGUGCAAAAAAAGUGAUUCCAGAGAAUUACGCAAAUACGAUGAUUAUUAAAAAUUUGUUAUUUUUAUCAAAAGUCGAACUGCAUGCUGGAAAACAAGCUCAAACAGAUAAAAAAUAUGGUUUACAUAUAGCAAGACUUGAAAAAGCAAAAGAAUUCGUUGAUCAAGCAGUUAAUAAAUGUUCAACUCCGGCACUUAAUCCUAUGUUACGUGCAUCACAAGAUGAAAUAAACAAAAUGUUAACAGCAGCACGAAAAGACAAUGAUUUUGUUUAUCAUGAAAGAGUACCGGAUCAUCGAACGUUAGAUACAAUUUUAGCUCAACAAAUCGCUAAACCACUUCCUGUACCAUUUCCAUUCACAACCGAUUUCAAAGAUUUAUUUGCAUCAAUGGUGCCAAUUGCAUUGAAUAAUGCUUUAGCAACAUUUAGUUCAAAACGUGUUGAAAUAAUGAAUAUAGAAGUGAAUCGUUUACGAGAAGCAACAAAUGUUCUCAAUGCAUUCCUAGCUUCAAUGAAUUUGCCAGCAGCCAUUGAAGACAGUGGUGGACGACAAGUUCCACCAUCUGUACUCGAAAAAUCAAACGAUGUCAAACGUCAAGGUGGAAUUAAUAUGUUAGAUAAAAUGAUUAAUGAAUUGCCGCAAUUAUUAACAAGAAAUAAAGAAAUACUUGAUGAGACUGUUCGAAUGUUAGAUGAAGAAGAACAUAGUGAUGCAGAGCUAAGAAAUCAAUUUAAAGAGCGCUGGACACGUACACCAUCCAACACGUUAACUGUCCCGUUACGUGAAGAAGCUAAAAAAUAUUUGGAAAUUAUUGAUAAUGCUAUUAGUGCUGAUAAAAUUGUGCAAGAAAAAUAUCGAAUGAAUCGUGAUUGCAUUGUUUUAUUAAGCAAGCAAACUCAUGAAAUAGCUGAUGAAUUACCAUCAGCAUCGGCAGUCGGGGCAUUAAAAGAUUCGUUUGUUGUACGUGAAUUACAUCGUUUAAUGGAAGUAGUUAGUUCAAUUAAAGCAGAACGUGAAGUAAUAGAAGCAGAAUUAAAAAAUACCGAUUCCGAUUCCGUUCGUACUCGAUUAAUUGCCGCUUUUCAACAUGGUAAUCAUCAAGAUGAACAUAGUGUCGUUGUUAAUGAAAUUGAAUCUAUUUAUGCGCCAUUAAGACAACAAGUUGGCGAAAGUUUAUCGAAACAAGAGCAACUAGUAGAAAAUGUCCGUCGAGCAAAUCAACAAUUUAACAACGAAAAACAAGGAAAUGAGACGUCACAAUUAAGAGAGGAAAUGCUAAAGAACUUAGCUCGAGCCUACGAUGCUUAUCAAGAAUUAUUGAAUAAUUUAAAAGAAGGAACAAAAUUCUACAAUGACUUAACGCCGUUAUUGUUAAAAUUCCAAACUAAAGCGUCUGAUUUUGUAUUUGCACGUAAAACAGAAAAGGAUGAUCUAAUGAAAGAUAUUCAAAAGAAUAUUGUUGGCGGUGGCGCAGCAAGUUCGACGACAACAGCUGUCAAGCAACAAGCAAAUCAAGUUUAUUCUGCUGCGGCGCCUCCAGUACAACCCUUAGCACCGUCAACUGGACCAUAUCCUCCCAAUAGUGGAGCCCUGCCAUAUCCAAAUCCGUACAUGCAACCGUUUUUUCCGAUGCCACCUGGGUACAAUCCAUAUCAGUUUUUUAGUACAGGUGCACCACCUUAUCCAAUGGCAAUACCUCAAUAUCCACCACAAGGCUAUGGUGUCGAGCAUCCAGGAAUAGCCAAGGGUAAAAAUAAGUGA